AUGUACUACCAGACUGCCGUGCUUGUGAUGUCAGGCAUGUACUCUUGCGUGGCUGGCCAACGCCAGCCAGUCGCGCCGUGGUCAACGAGUGUGCUGCCGAUGCUCAAUCUCUUGGACAGUGUCAAACCGUGCGAAUACACGACGGUGGUCCUUCCGUUUUUGCCGUACUUGGUGGACAUUCAAAACUGCACCACAGACAGCAACUACACGUUCGUGCCUCCUGCGGCAUUUCCGACGGCAAAACAAACUCAAGCGCUGUGCACGAAGCCUACAUGUACAAAUGCCCUCACCACCCUGCAGUCAUUGGAUAUGCCGAACUGCACGGUGCCAUCGCCAACCGGCGAGCCAGUGCUACUCGACGUUUUGAUCCGUCAUAUCGUGGCUUCAUGCGAUGCUCGUGCUGCAACGUACAUGCCGACUGUCAUUCCAGUAACCACCAUGACCCUCGAUGAUGCUGAGGCAGAGACGGAGCCGCAGGCAACCGUGACGUCGUCGGCGCAUCCACUGCGCGGUUUGUCAGUUGGCGCACUCGCCAUCACGAUCGCGUCGCUGAUCAUGCCAUUUGUAUAG